GGGGGAGGCGGCCCCUGGAGGGGGACGGGGGAGGUCGCGGCGCCCCCGCGGCGCGCUUGGUGCCCGUGGCGGCGGCUCGGGGAGUCCCCGUGAGGAGCCCCGAAGGGCUGGGGCCGGGCGCCGAGCCCCGGAGGAGCGGCCUCGGUGACGGGCGGAACGUUUGUGGGCUGAAACGGGGAGCCGCCGGAGCGCACGGGCGGAGCGGGACCGGGAGCGGGAGCGGGACGAGCCUGGAGCCAUGCUGGCGGCGGCCCGGGGGCUCCGCCGGGCCUGGGCAGCGCCCGGCAGCGCCGCGCUCAGUUGCUGGCUGCCCCAGACGGUUCAGUUUCGAGGAAGUCACUGGGAGACAUCACUGCUGGCGUUUAGGGCAUCUCUCCCCAUGAGAGCACAACCAAAGAAAAAAAAGAAGGUGGAUGUAAGGAGAGAGCAAGCACAGAAGGAUCGUAUGAAAAAGAAGAUCAAAAAGUUGGAAAAAGCUGCCCCAGAACUGAUUCCAAUUGAGGAUUUUGAAACACCACUUAAGUACUCGGAUAACAGCAGGGUGCGAAGUCUUCCCCCUCUGUCAUUUGAAGAGACAGAAAGAAGAGUUUUACUUAUGAAAAAGUGGUCUGCGUAUAAACAGAAACAAGACAGGGCAGAAAAGCAAGCAAUUCGGAGCCUUGUAGAAGCCCAACAAGAGGCACUAAAGGAACUGCGCCUUGAAUCUGAGGAGCUCUAUCAGGCAGCAAUCAGACGAGAUGAGGGGCUUUUCCCCUUUGAGAGAGAGGGACCUAAUUAUACCCCACCGCUUCCUGGUUAUGAUCCUCCCGAAGGAAAAUGCAUUGAUAUCACCAAAGUGUAUACGCAGUGAUAGAAGAGUUUAUUGUUCAUCCGGCAUAAGCUGCUCAGCCAACUGAAAAAGGAAAGAACGGAAUGAGAAUUAAUUCCUUCUGCACGUUAAAACACUGUAGGUAUGUGAUGGUGAAAAAAAACAUGGAACAGAAUAUCCUGUGUCUGCUGUCAUUGUUUUUAAACUGGCUACCUAUGGAAUAAAGCAUCCAACAGAGCUAAUCUACUUUAAAUAUAUGCCAUAUUAGACCAAGGCAAACAAG